AUGUUUCGUUCCGGCUGUGUUGACCGUGAAGCCGACCAGUAUCUUCUUCGUGCGCUGUUGGGCGAAGAUGAAGUCGGACGACCCCCAACGAAGUUCGAUUAUUGGAUGUUCAAGUUCUCGAUUCGAUUCUUUUUCCUAACUGCACUCUCUCUUUUCGCUCUCGCUGGGACGGCGCUGUACUACGCAUUAUACUUGCCUGAAGAUUUUUUCGGCGGUAACUUGGUCGAGACAACUCUCUCUUCCGACAUUUGCAAGGCACCCAACCCAAACAUCUUCGGGUACCACCCUCUGCGAGCUAGCAAUGAGGCCAUCGCCAAAGCUGCACACAGUUUGGACAACUACCUUUCGCAACGGGCUUCGAAGCCGGACAUUGACAGCAUUUCUAUUGCUGUGGUCAGCGCCGCCGGAACACUUUUCGAGGGUGGCUAUGGAACCCUGCGAGCCAACGAAACAGAUGAAGAGAACCAACGCCCCGUCGACCGUGAUUCUAUUUACAGAAUUGCCAGUAUCACCAAGAUGUUUACUGUCCUUGAAACGUUGAUUCUGAGAGAGACAGGAGCCUUGAAUUGGGAUGACCCUGUAACAAAUUAUGUGCCAGACUUUUCCCCGCCGGCGUAUGGCUGGGCAGACUUCCUGGUCGAAGGUUCCGCCAACGCCAACCAAGGAGAGCCAGAACGUAUCACCCUCCGUCAAUUGGCCAGCCAUCUUGGAGGUAUCGGCCGAGAUUAUCCUCCCCACGACAUUGGCGAGUGGCCAACAACUACGACACCGUGGGGUGCCUUGGUGAAAUCAGCCCGCGGGGAGCCCCUACCCAACCGCACUUACGAGAACAUCAUGAAGGCUCUCAACCAGUACCCACUCGUCAACGUGCCCUACGAAUACCCUAUUUACUCCAAUAUUGGCUUCGACCUCCUGGGUCUAGCAAACGUUGCUGCGAACCAGAAAGCAAGCAUUGACCCCAAAGCUGAGCCUCAGACACACGAGGAGCUCCUCAAACGCGACAUUUUCGACCAUAUGGGCUUGACCAGUAGCUUCUACCGCGUUCCAGAGUCUCCGCUCCGCGACCACAUCGCCGUUCCAUCGUCUAACUCAGAAUGGGCGGAUGUGUGGCUCGGAGACACGGACGAUGCCGCUGGAGGCCAGUACAGCUCGCUGAAGGAUCUGACAGCGGUGAUGAAGAGCCUGCUCUCUCCGACACGGACUGUACGCGAAUGGCUCCGUCCGUUGUAUGUCUGGGGUUCGACCGAGCAGCAAGUCGGGGCUCCUUGGGAAAUCUUCCCAUUACCUGGUGGCGCUAAAGCCUACACGAAAGGCGGCAACCUUCCAGGCUAUCACUCUGAAUUCGCCCUCGUCCCAGAGUACUCGUACGGGAUGAUCGUCCUCGUUACGGGCACCUAUGAAAAUACCCUCACGAUCCUCAACGAGGUCGCAACGCGCUUCCACCCAGCCAUCACCCAACAGUACCGGGUGGGGGUUCAGCGCCGCUACGCAGGCACCUGGACCAAUGGGAAGGACACCCCUGGGACGGUACUUGAACCCUCGGAGGUAGGUUAUAGUUUAUGA